GGAGAAUGAUAUUACAGACGUGAUUGAGGAGACAUUUAGUGUCCAAGAAGAGCGAUUUGGAGAGCUGGUCACGAUUGAGUUGAAACCAGGAGGUGCAGAUAGUGAGUUUUUGGCCCUGGAUCAGAGCUCCGGCAAUGCUGAUCGGAAUUCAAGCUUGAUGGUCGAGUAUCGUAUCACCAAGCGUGUCCAGGAGCAGUACACUGCUUUCAUGGAGGGAUUCAAUGAACUCAUUCCCCAAGAGCUUAUCAACGUCUUUGAUGAGCGUGAGUUAGAGUUGUUGAUUGGUGGUAUCUCUGAAAUUGAUGUGGACGACUGGGCUAAAUUCACGGAUUAUCGUGGAUAUUCGACCGACGACCAAGUUAUCAAAUGGUUCUGGCAAUGUAUUCGCAGCUGGCCACCGGAGCGCAAGUCUCGACUGCUGCAGUUCGUCACGGGUACAUCCCGUAUACCAGUCAAUGGCUUCAAAGAUCUUCAGGGCUCGGAUGGACCGCGCCGGUUCACGAUCGAGAAGAGUGGCGAUCCGAGCCAGUUACCAAAGAGUCACACUUGUUUCAACAGGAUUGACCUACCUCCUUAUACGGAUUACGAGAGUUUGGAGCAAAAGUUGACGUUGGCUGUAGAGUGCGUUUUGGUCAUCCACAUGGUGAUAGUGAUUCUGACUGACGAAUUUCACAGGGAAACGCUCGCAGCUUGCUUCGCUGUCUUUGAAGCUCUUGUCCCCUCCUUUUACGCUACUGAUGAGGAUAUGGUCCAGUUCAAUGCAACCGGAACUAGGACCUCACGAUUCCCAGAGCCGAUCGGCGGACUACCCAUGUACUAUGACCUAGUGCCGUCCACCAUCUUCGGAGCGGACAGGUAUCAAAUUAAGCACUCUUUGGGUCUCAUUGGAGAGGAUGUUGACCUUGUCCAUGAGGAUGUCGCAAGCUCUCAAAGUGAACGCGAGGGAGAGCUGGGGGUUCAUCGAAUAUCAACAAAUCGCCCUUGGAGGAUGGCGAGCCAUAUAAUUCGUGGAUACAACGUGCUGAAAAGGACCCCCGAGUGUUUGAAGGAAGAAAAGAAGAAAGAGCUUGGUUUAGAAGAUGGGCAGGCUAUAUGGCUUGGUCUGUCGGGCUCACGCAAGGAAUCCAAGCUAUGGACGGGUCAUUGCGAUGGCCUGAAAACUAUAGGAAUAUCACAU